AUGGUCUAUCAUCGAGGGUAUAUGCGUCACCUGACUCUAGUCAAGAUAGAAAUUCAGGUGGCUCCUUCUAGAUUCGGCGAAAACGAUGCAGUGAGACCAAGGGAGGAGUUUUUGUUGUCAAGUUUAGCUGUAUACACUCCUGCAUGA